AUGUCGACCGGUCGGGAUCUGCUCCCCGACAUUCUUUCGAUGCUGACCAAGAUCCACGCCGGCCUGCAGCAGCAACGCCAGACGGGCCCAGACGACGGCCAGCCGCUGGCGGAUCUCCUGAUGGACAGCGCGACCCUCGGGAAGCUCACGGCGAUGUCCGACGCCGCCGACGCCGUUCCCGGCCAGGAAACGGCGCAGCCCGACGCGGCGUGCUCCGUUUCGGUCCCGGACACCCAGGUUGACGACUGGAGCGGCCACGAAGGGUCGGAGACGAGCGACCCGGUCGACUCGCAGCGGCAGGUGCCCGACAGGCUGCGCCCGCCGGCGCCGCGGCCCGCCGACCGCGACGCCUGCCCCGCGAAGCUCAUUCUCUGGCCGGCGGCCCUGCGGGCCGCCGACCGCCAGGCGGCGUACUUCAGGCGGAACGCCGUCAAGCCUCCGCCGGGGGCCGUCGACAGUGGGAGAGUCUGCCCCCUGGGCGUGGAGGGCAACGCCAAGCUGACGCUGUUGACGUACAGCUGCACGGCCGUCGACGCCCUGCUCGCCCUGUGCCGCUGCGAGUCGAUGCCCCGUCUGACACGGAAGUAUAACGACAUCAGGAACAGGAGGGGUCCCUUCGCGGCGGCCAUGGCGGCCGCGGCUGACGUCGAGGCGGCGUUCGCGGACCACAAGGUGGCGUUCCACAUGAUGACCAAGCUCAUGCACACGAUCAACGACAUGCGGGCGGCCUGCGAUCGGAAGGUGCGGAAUUCCGCGCUCGCCUUCACCGUCGUCGACGAGGCCUCCGGGACGCACAGGCGCCGGGCGUUCCGGGUCUGGCCCGGCAGUUCCGGGCGCAAGUGCGAGCUGUGUCCGUGCGAGGACCUCGAGGACCAAGUGACGUUCGAGCGCCUCGUCGCGGCCGAGGACGGCGGGCUGCAGCUGGGCGCGGGGUCGCUGCUGCGGCGGAUUGCCACGACGUGGGUCUCGGCGUUCCGCAGGCAGUGGCUGCUGCUCGCCGAUCAGGAGACAGGCGAGCUGCGGGUCACGCCGGCGGUGCUGGCGGGCCUGCUCGUGGAGGCGAAGGAAAUGUGCACGCCUGCGGGUCAGAAGAGCGCCGUUAUCGGACGGGACCGAUCCGCGGAGCACCGCGAGAUGUUCGACACGUACGUGCGCCCUCUCAUGAGUCAGCCUGACGGCGGGGGGGUGUUGCUGCCCAAGGCGCAGCUGGCGACGUGGCUCGACGACGUGGGCGCGCUGCCGGCCGCGUUCCGCGCGCCGAAGGAGAAGCUGCCCGGCUGUCUCGGCCCCAAGAGGCACGGGAAGCCCUACGAGCAAGCGCCUGUCCCUGAGAGCGCUGGCGGCGGCGCAACAGGCGGGCAGCGGGCCAAGCGUGCCAGCGACCGGCAGCCUGGCCACCACAGCAGCAAGCAGCCGAGGCUGGUGAUUCGGGACUACCGGGGCAUCAUCCGCGAGAGAGUGGAGAAGGAGUGA